UUAAAAUUAUAUAUAAAUCACAUCAAUCUGUCUCUUCUCUCUCUUUAAUCUUCACAAGUUCAUCAUCCCCAGAUGAAGAAUCAAGUUUCAGGCUUCUGUGUUUUCAUUCUUUGUAUUCUUUCAGCAACAGUUUUGGCCGAAGUGGACCCUUUUUAUGAAGCCUGUGUGCGCCAUGAAACUUGUGGCGAUGGACAAAACAUAAGCUUCCCGUUUUACAUCCGGGACAAACAACGACCCUACUGUGGCUAUCCCGGAUUUGAAGUCUCAUGCAAUAGCCAAGGAAAACCAGUUCUGAAUUUGCACAAUAUCGACUACAUUAUCCACCAAAUCUUCUACGAUAAACAGUUUCUUCGUGUGUCAAAUGCCGCAGUAGUGUCUGCAACAAACGCUAACACUACUUCUUGUAUAGAUCCUCGCAUCCAAAACGUGUCUCUUCCCGAGGACCGGUUCGCGCUUCUUUCAAAUCAAACGGACCUCGUUUUGCUCUACAAUUGUAGCACUUCAUUGCCUGGGGAAUUUUCAAAGUACAAAGAAGGUAUCUGUGAAGAUAAUGAGAACAAAACCGUGGGUGAAGUUUUGGCACUGGUUGAGAAUGAUCCUAACCUGGAAAAUGUUUCCAAGGAAUUCUGUCAUGGUGAUCGGGUGAUGGUGCCGGUGGACAUGUAUGGCGGAGAUGGAGGUGGGUUUGGGAUUGCAGAGGUGAUAAACAAAGGGUUUUUGCUUAACUGGACAGCAAGUAAUUGCAGCGUUUGUGAAGAUAGCGGGGGCAAGUGUGGCUUCAAUCUUUCUACUUAUCAUUUCAGGUGUUUCUGCCCAGAUAGACCUCACGCUCAGCAGUGUGAUCCUGAUUAUUUCACAGAAAAAGGAAAUUCGGAACUCAAGCUAGGCCUGGGACUAGGUAUUGGAGUUGGAGUGGGGUCUCUUUUAAUCUUGGUUCUGACUGUUACAAUUUGGCAACGCAAGAUAAAAAAGUAUACUCCUACAAGCUUCAAUUCAAGAGACAGUUCUUCCGAUCCCUCCUCAAAAUCAGAAUUAGAAGUGGGUGGCGCCUAUUUUGGGGUCCCCAUAUUCUCCUACUCUGAACUUGCAAAAGCCACAAACAAUUUUAGUCAUGAGAAAGAGCUUGGAGAUGGAGGCUUUGGAACGGUAUAUUAUGCAAAACUUCGAGAUGGGCGGGAAGUUGCAGUGAAGCGCUUAUAUGAGAACACUUACAGAAGGGUUGAGCAGUUCAUGAAUGAAGUUGAAAUCCUCACACGUUUACACCACAAAAAUCUUGUACCCCUUUAUGGCUGCACCUCACGGCACAGUCAGCAGGGUCUCCUUCUAGUGUAUGAAUAUGUUCCCAAUGGAACUGUUGCAGAUCAUCUCCAUGGUGAUCUAAUGAAGCCUGGCUCAUUAACAUGGCCUAUUCGUAUGAAGAUAGCAAUAGAAACAGCUAGUGCAUUGGCAUACCUCCAUGCUUCUGAUAUCAUACACCGAGAUGUGAAAACUAACAACAUUCUUCUUGAUAACAAUUUUUGUGUAAAAGUUGCUGAUUUUGGGCUUUCCAGAUUGUUGCCCACUGAUGUUACUCAUGUCUCAACCGCUCCACAAGGAUCUCCAGGCUAUGUUGACCCUGAGUAUCACCAAUGUUACCAACUAACUGAUAGGAGUGAUGUAUAUAGCUUUGGAGUUGUCCUGAUUGAGCUCAUAUCAUCAAUGCCUGCUGUGGAUAUAAACAGGCACAGAGAAGAGAUUAAUUUGGCAAACUUAGCAUUAACCCGAAUUCGAAAACAGGCAAUUGAAGAGCUAGUUGAUCCAUCCCUCGGAUACCAAUCAGAUGAAGAAGUUAAAAGAAUGACAACUUCAGUUGCAGAGUUGGCAUUUCUAUGUUUGCAACAGAAAAAGGAAAUGAGACCUCCCAUGGAUGUGGUUUUGGAGGAAUUGAAGAGAAUUGACAGUGGAGAGUGGAAACUGGAACAUGUGAAAGGAGAGAAAGAGAAUAAAGACAUGCAGAAGAAUAUUCAACCACCACCAUCACCACCAGAUUGUGAAGAUAUUGCUUUGUUGAAGCACAUCAGAGUGCCAUCUUCACCCAUUUCUGUGACUGCCAAAUGGGUUGGCAGUAAUAAUACCACACCUACUGUCAGUAGCUAAGAAUUUUUCUUUCUUGAAGCUGGAUUUUUGAGCUCAUCUUCUCAUAUUUUUGUCAUCCUAAAAGAAGUAAAUAUACAAUUUGUGUAGUUGAAGCAAGAGAGAAUGUACAUUGUAAAUUCAUGGUGAAUGGAGCUAUUUUCUAUUCUUUUCUGAGGCUCUGCAAUUGUUAUGCUAGUGUUCUUAUCUUGUAAAAUGUUCAAACUUCAAAUCAUGGACUACUCUUCGGUGCUA